GCAAUUCUUACAAGCGGACCUCCUUUAAAUUCAUCACACUACGCCUCCCUGUGCUGCAUUGAGAGACCGCUUGAGACGACUGCUCCUGCUGCUGCUGGACACACAGACUUCGCCGAGGCUCUCACACGUUCAGUCGACCUUCUCUUCAGAUCAAUGGACAACUCGUAUCCACUCAUGGACGACGGCACGCGCGCCGACUAUCGCAAGGGGGGCGAGCCCGGCUACGGGGCUCCACCUCUCUCUCAGCCGCAGGUGAUCUUGGUGCCCCAAGGAGACCGUUCGUCGGCUGCUGGCAUCCGAGAUUUCUUCGCCUGGUCACUCUUCAACUUGAUCUACUUCAACGUGUGCUGCAUGGGUCUGGUGGCCACCAUCUUCUCCGUCAAGUCACGGGACCGGAAAUAUCUGAACGACCUGCAGGGAGCCACCGAAUACGGAAGAAAGGCCAAGAUCUUCAACAUCAUCUGCCUCAUCCUAGGGAUCAUUUUGACCAUCACAAUAAUAGGCAUCUAUGCGAGGAUGUUCAUCCACCUUUCGCAGCAGGUUCACAGAGAUCAGGACUCCAUUAACGGCUGAGAGCGGGACAUACACACAGGAGAGGCACGCUGUCAACACCAAAAAUUAUUUAAGGCACUCGGGUUAAACGCCAGACAUGGAGUUAGGUUCAUGGUUAGGUCAAGUGCUAAGGGCUGGUUUAGUCGUUUGUUUUAAAUUAACAGUAAGCCUGUGGAUAAGCAUUGCUCCCAUAAUGAUGUGUUUCCAACCUGUGGCGUUGAACGGUUGGUAUGGGACUUGGCGCGAUAGAUAGAUAAACCCACUGUGUCCUCCCUUGCCCACCAUUAUCCACGUUUGGCCUAUUCACUUGUAGUUCUUUUGUUGCUGUAGGGGCCCUGAUUUCAUAUUGGUGAAUAUUUUUUUCAUGGGAAAAAAACAUCCCGUUGGUGUCUAUCAUCAAAAAUGGGUCAGUACCGUAAACACGAUGGCUUUUCGGGCAUGCCAUCAGAAUGUUAAUCUAACCAUUGGUGUUCACAGCGAGCUUUUCCGUGAUCCUCUACGCACGCACAGACACACGCAACACGUGUACGGAGACGCAGGGACACACAUGACACCACUUUUCGCUACAUGCAUUGUAGAUGUGUAUCUUGUCAUAAGAGCCGGUGGGAAGAUUGCAGGUGGGGGGGGGGGGGGGUUCGCUGCGUUGGCGGUGUAGUUGUAUGUGUUAGUGUGCGUACGUAUAGCUUUUCGACAAUGUGCUUUCGGGUUGUACUGCACGCCGUUUGCCGUGACGUCCUACGUUUCGCGCUGUGUGCUGGGAACCUCUCACGAAACGAAACACCACAACACAACCAGGUAACACAUGGGAAAGCUAUACAGCGCUACCUGCAAAAAAAACACAAAUGUAGUGUGGUAGUGUGUGAGCUUCAUAUUCUCUUGGGGUAAAAUAGGGCUUUGGAAUGCUUUUUGUUAUCCAAUUGUGUGUCUAAAGCUUUUUAGGCUCGGUGUUUGCAUGGUAAACUACUUAGGCCACACUAUUUCUAAGACCGAUGUGCCCUGUGCCUUUCGCAAACCAAAGCAAGCGUACAGGCGGCAUUGUUAUUAGAACCACACCUGCACCGACUCUUAUCGACGGGAAGUAUAUGCGGUAUACAGCCAUUCUGUUUUUAUAAAAAAAUUCAUGUAUUUGGUUUUGUCUCUCUUUUUAAUCGUGUAUAUUUUUGUUUAACUCACUUUGAUUACAUAUGCAGUUGGCACAAUGGGCUUAUAUUUUCACGUACUAAUUGCAUACUGCAAGAUCGUAAAAAAAAAUUACAGCAAAUAUAAUUAUGGUUUUGUCCAGAUGACCUCGAAUCUUUAUGUUUAAGUGUCGAAUGAAAUUAUAACAUUCACUAAACGUUAUCUUCAUGCUUAUUGUAUGCAUUGUUAUUCAGCAGGUCGCACAUAUAAUGCUGAGAGGGAGGGUGAAGCAUUUUGUUAUCCAAAGCCUUAGCUAUUAACAUACAUGACUGUUUACAAUAUUUCGAUACAUCUCCUCGAGCCUGGAGCCAAACCUCAGCGAUCCAGUUGCAUGCAACUGAAUCGCUCAAUUGCAUGCAACUGAAUCGCUCAUCUGUGGACGUCCCUGCAAUCCGUUGUGAGCAGCUGCGCAACAGUAGAGACAGACCCGCGAGUAUCGGUUCUGCUCCGCGAUCGGUCGCGAAGUAUUUCGCCGUGCGUAUUUGUCGCCUACGAUUGACCAUUACGAUCCUCAAUCCGCGGUUUUACCUUCCCUGGCUGCGCGAGUGUGCGGAGGAGAAGCGGCUUAUCGCGCAUCAUUAGGAAGAAGAUUUCCGCAAGUAUUGGUGGGAGGGGGGAAAUGUGUGCAGACACGGGCAGGCUCGCUGCGGAUAAGAUGACCACGGAUGAAAGAAGUUCGUGAACUUAGCACUGGGCAAGUGUGUCAAAAGCAAAACAUAAUGUACAAGCCUCAACUGUUUGAAGGAUUUUUAAACAUAAAGGGAAUUUAUAAUUAAGUACGGGGGGUGAGGAGGGGGUGGGUUUUCAUUUUGCUGGACUUUUCACUUGCUGGUGCUGUGAGACUUUAACGCGUGAACAUAUUGUCCAGUCUGAUAAAAGUUGGUGGCCUCUUGCUCAACGUCCUCGGUUCUCACAAGUAUCUCUUAAGGGGGUUACCUAAGACUUAAGUUACCCCCAGCACCAAAUAAAAGGGUAUUUUCCGUUAUUUUUGUGACCCUCACAUAUCCAUCCACUCAUUCUGGCAGGCUUGCACGCUGCUUGACGCGUAAAAGGCAGCACUUAAAGGUGACCAUAACCCACAAUGUCUUGUGAUGCCUCCCAUACCUCGCCGUUGAUUCCUUCUGCCAGAUCCAUUAGUUACAACGUCGGCAGCUUCCAACGUCUUCCCUUAUGCAAUCCGAUCACCAGCACCAUCCGCUUUUUGAGGUCAUCCCUUGUGACACCGUCGAUACGUCCAUCAAGGACCACUUUUACAGUCUCAUCAUCGCUGGCGUCAGGUUUCCCGUCUUGAUUGCCGACUUCUGCGCGUGCCCCUCCACCCAACGCCUGUCUCGGUAACCUGCAGCGCCUCCGCGCUGGACACGCGUUCCACCCAGCGCAGACUCCGCCCGAUAACAAACGGGAAUCACGUCUCGCCACGUAGUCUCAACUUUCUAAGUCGCCUACCCCAUCCUUUACAAGAUAUUCCAAGCAUCCUCCGCGGUCACUUCUGUAGGUCUCGACGUCGUUAAACUUCAAAGACGCGGCAAAAGGAAUUCUCGCGCGCCUUUCACCGCCCGCGGUCCUCUGUUCUCCAAAUGAGCCUGCCACAUAUAUAAACAACAACCAACGAUGCCUGCAACUUUAUUUUUUUUUCUCUCGGGAAUGCAUCGCCUGCACGAGGUAUGGGCCAAACUCUGCCCGAUCCUACGAGACGCAUGCCAACGUUUUUCUCGUGGUCGAGAGCCGCAUAACACGCGGUUGUUGUCACGCGACCGGUCGGUCGUGCCAGAUAGUCGUGGCGUUUCUACAUUCUGGGUGGGGGGGGGGGGCGAGUGCUCCAGGCCGUUCCCGCGUCUGCAGAGCUGUUGUUUUUCUUCUGAUGAAAUUCCAUUUUUAUUGACCGCCACUAAAAUUUGCUUUGUGCCUCUGCCGAGCCACGCGCUACAGGAUCCGCUCGCGAGCUACAUGUGUGACUCACAAUCCACGCUUUGGCCACGCCUUGCCAAUCGCUACUACGUGAGCAGUGUUAAAACGUGGCCUGUUGACGCGGAAUAUAUUUCGACAUAUAUGUGUGAAUGUUGUACCCUACGUAUGGAUUUGUAAUAACAUUGAUACCAAUAGAUACAUAGCUUGGAA